CCCACCCCUUCCGCUCUAGGGAAAAACUAGCUCCCAGGGCGUCUUCCGGCGGGAGCUGUGCUGCUCCUUAUCAUGGGGACAAUUCAUCUCUUUAGAAAACCACAGAGAUCUUUUUUUGGCAAGUUACUACAGGAAUUUAGACUUGUAGCAGCUGACCGAAGGUCCUGGAAGAUACUGCUCUUUGGUGUAAUAAAUUUAACAUGUACUGGCUUCCUGCUUAUGUGGUGCAGUUCUACGAACAGUAUAGCUUUAACUGCCUAUACUUACUUGACCAUAUUUGACCUUUUUAGUUUAAUAACAUGUUUGAUAAGUUACUGGGUAAUGAUGAGGAAACCUAGCCCUGUCUAUUCAUUUGGAUUUGAAAGAUUAGAAGUCUUGGCUGUAUUUGCCUCCACAGUCUUGGCACAAUUGGGAGCUCUCUUUAUAUUAAAAGAAAGUGCAGAACGCUUUCUGGAGCAGCCCGAGAUACACACGGGAAGAUUAUUAGUUGGUACUUUUGUGGCUCUUUCCUUCAACUUGUUCACAAUGCUUUCUAUUCGGAAUAAGCCUUUUGCUUAUGUCUCUGAAGCUGCUAGUACGAGUUGGCUUCAAGAGCAUGUUGCAGAUCUUAGUCGAAGCCUGUGUGGAAUUAUUCCAGGACUUAGCAGCAUCUUCCUUCCCCGAAUGAAUCCAUUUGUUUUGAUUGAUCUUGCUGGAGCAUUUGCUCUUUGUAUUACAUAUAUGCUAAUUGAAAUUAAUAAUUAUUUUGCUGUGGACACUGCUUCUGCCAUAGCCAUUGCUCUGAUGACAUUUGGCACUAUGUAUCCCAUGAGCGUGUACAGUGGCAAAGUAUUACUGCAGACAACGCCACCCCAUGUUAUUGGUCAGUUGGACAAACUUAUCAGAGAGGUAUCUACCUUGGAUGGAGUUUUAGAAGUUCGAAAUGAGCAUUUUUGGACCCUAGGUUUUGGCUCACUGGCCGGAUCAGUGCAUGUAAGAAUUCGACGGGAUGCGAAUGAACAAAUGGUUCUUGCUCAUGUGACCAACAGGCUGUACACUCUGGUGUCUACUUUGACCGUUCAAAUUUUCAAGGAUGAUUGGAUUAGACCUGCCUUACUGUCUGGGCCUGUUGCAGCCAAUGUCCUAAACUUUUCAGAUCAUCACAUAAUUCCAGUGCCUCCUUUAAAGGGUACUGAUGAUUCAAACCCUGUUACGUCGACUCCAGCUAAACCUAGUAGUCCACCUCCAGAAUUUUCAUUUAACACCCCUGGAAAAAACGUGAGCCCAGUCUUUCUGCUCACCACCCAAACAAGACCUGGUUUGGGUCUUAAUCAUGGACACACACCUUACAGUAGUAGCUUGCUUAAUCAAGGACUUGGAGUUCCAGGAAUUGGAGUAACCCAAGGAUUCAGGACUGGUUUUACAAAUAUGCCAAGUAGAUACGGAGCUAACAAUAGAACUGGACAACCAAGACCAUGAUGUACUGCAAUCUAACUUAUUUUUAUGAGGAACAUUGACUCCUUGAUUCCAUUUUAUUUACUAAUCCAGCUGUGCACCGACUGUUCAAUCGUUUACUCUAAAUGAUAGAGAAUAGUAGGUUGUUCACAUUACAUGAAACUGAUGAAAGUACCUUUUUGUAAAUGUAUUUGGGGCUGUGAGAACCUUCUAAAUGUUAUAGGGUUUGAAAUUUAGGCUUCCUUUAGAAAGCGUGUUUCUCUGAAUUUAAAUUUUGUUAUUUGGUUUUGUAGUUGAUUGCAGUGUGAUAGACAUUAUAAGAGAACCACUUGAUGGAGCAAAUCUGUCACAUUAUUAAAAGUGUAAUAUUUUCUUCAAUGAAAUUUAUAAACAUGCUUCUUGAAUAAUGACAUACAUUUUAAGAAUGGAAAAAAACAUCCAUUCUGAAAGUAAAAGUCUCUUUUAUAGUUUUCCAAACUUAAUUGCUACAUUUUUUUGAGAUCCUCUUGAU